AUGUACUCUAAACUGGGUCACUCUCCACCCAGAGGGCUGGGCGCGUGGCUGACUCCCCGUGUGUAUCCCUUGUGCCGCAGGCUUCGAGCAGCUUCAGCAGCCCGGGCAGCGAGGAAGAUGGGAAAUAGCGUGCGAUCCACCCCGGCACCUCCCGAGAGGCCUCUGCCCUGCUCAGAUGGACUGGACAGCGACUUCCUGGCCGUGCUAAGUGAUUACCCAUCUCCUGACAUCAGCCCUCCAAUAUUCCGAAGAGGGGAAAAACUGCGUGUGAUUUCUGAUGAAGGGGGCUGGUGGAAAGCCAUUUCCCUUAGCACUGGCCGAGAGAACUACAUCCCUGGAAUAUGUGUGGCCAGAGUUUACCAUGGCUGGCUGUUUGAAGGGCUGGGCAGAGACAAGGCCGAAGAGCUGCUGCAACUGCCUGACACGAAGAUUGGCUCCUUCAUGAUCAGAGAGAGUGAGACGAAGAAAGGCUUCUACUCUCUCUCGGUGAGACACCGGCAGGUCAAGCAUUACCGCAUCUUUCGCCUGCCGAACAACUGGUACUACAUCUCGCCAAGGCUCACCUUCCAGUGCCUGGAGGACCUGGUCAAUCACUAUUCUGAGGUGGCCGAUGGCCUGUGCUGUGUGCUGACCACGCCCUGCCUCACCCAGAGCACAGCGGCCCCGGCGGUGAGGGCCGCCUCUGACUCUCCCCUCUCCUUGCACCAGAAGACCCUGGACUGGAAGAGAAUGUCCAGGCUGCAGGAGGCCCCCGAGGGAGAGGGGAGCCCGCUCGGCGUGGAUGAGUCCCUCUUCAGCUACGGCCUUCGGGAGAGCAUAGCGUCCUACCUGUCCCUGACCAGCGACGACAGCGCGCCCCUGGACCGGAAGAAGAAAAGCAUCUCCCUGGUGUACAGCGGGAGCAAGAGGAAGAGCGCCUUCUUCUCCUCGCCGCCGUACUUCGAAGACUAGCCCCGGGCGGACAC